AUGGCGAGGAAGAAGAUCAGAGAGUACCAUUCGAAGAGGCUUCUCAAGGACCACCUCAAACGUCUCGCCUCGAUUGACCUCGAUAUCCUUUCUGCUCAGGUCAUACAGUCAACGAACUUUGCUGACUUGACAGGCCAGCAUCCGUGGUUGUCGUCAACCAAGUUGGUCGUGAAACCGGACAUGCUCUUUGGGAAGCGCGGAAAGAGUGGUUUAGUGGCUCUCAAUUUGGACAUAGCUGAAGUCGCUGAGUUCGUUAAAGCACGCCUCGGCGUUGAGGUUGAGAUGGGAGGUUGCAAGGCGCCUAUAACUACUUUCAUUGUUGAACCGUUUGUUCCUCAUGACCAAGAAUAUUAUUUGUCCAUUGUUUCUGAAAGGCUUGGUUCCACCAUCAGCUUCUCCGAAUGUGGGGGCAUCGAUAUUGAAGAGAAUUGGGAUAAGGUUAAAACUAUUUUCCUUCCAACAGAAAAACAGAUGACUCCGGAAGCAUGUGCACCCUUGAUUGCUACACUUCCUUUGGAGAUUCGGGGGACAAUAGGUGAUUUCAUACUGGGUGUGUUUGCUGUCUUCCAAGAUCUGGACUUCAGUUUUCUUGAAAUGAAUCCAUUUACAUUGGUGAAUGAAAAGCCAUAUCCACUGGAUAUGAGAGGGGAAUUGGAUGACACUGCUGCAUUCAAGAACUUCAACAAGUGGGGCAAUAUAGGGUUUCCAUUGCCUUUUGGAAGAGUUCUGAGCCCUACAGAAAGCUUCAUUCAUUCAUUGGAUGAUAAGACAAGUGCAUCGUUAAAAUUUACUGUAUUGAACCCAAAAGGACGCAUCUGGACAAUGGUAGCUGGUGGUGGUGCAAGCGUAAUUUAUGCUGAUACUGUUGGAGAUUUAGGAUAUGCCUCAGAGCUUGGCAACUAUGCUGAGUAUAGUGGAGCUCCAAAUGAGGAGGAGGUGCUGCAGUAUGCAAGGGUCGUAAUUGAUUGUGCUACUGCAGACCCUCAUGGCCGUAAGAGAGCCCUUCUUAUUGGAGGUGGCAUAGCAAACUUCACGGAUGUUGCUGCCACAUUCAGCGGAAUUAUUCGGGCCCUGAGAGAGAAGGAAUCAAAGCUUAAAGCAGCGCGAGUCCACAUCUAUGUCAGAAGAGGUGGUCCAAACUAUCAGACUGGUUUGGCAAAGAUGCGUGCAUUGGAGGAGGAACUGGGGGUACCACUUCAGGUUUAUGGACAGGAGGCCACAAUGACCGUAUCUGCAAAGAAGCGAUCGAUUGCAUCAUGUCCGAAGCAUAACGCAGAGUAA